AUGGGCGAAGUGAUCGACAAGUUGAGGGAGUGGAAUCUGGAGCGGAUAGCGUUGCUGGAUAGAUCACUGCCGAUUGUUCCCAGUGAGGAUGUAAGAGCAAGCUUCUUAGCUUUGACUGGCCUUAUUGAGAAGACGGAAUUUCAACCGGGAAUUGAAGAGAAUCUGUUGGCUGCACCUGUUAUUCUGUACAAUCCUUGCCGCAACGCAGUGGAUGAAUGA